GGUCACACCGACAUUACAAGAUAAUUACCCUUGUAAAUAGCCGGGGUUUUGCAGCAAACUCCGGGUAAACAAGAUGCCAGCAGUACGUGGCCACCGCAGUAGCGAAGAUUACGUGGACCAACAACUGCAGGAGAAGUAACCGAGCUCCAGAAUCGAAGUAACUCCGUCCAAUCGGUGGAAAUCAGUGCCAGCCGGAAAGUAGAGCAGACUCGCUAGAAGUCGGAAAUCAGAAAUCGAUGCCCCACUGCCACACAAUGGUCUAUAUGCGAAUCGUGCUGACAACCUUGGUGACCAUUACGUGUCUGCUGGGGGACAACUUCGUGGAGCUGACCCAGCACCCGCUGCUGAAGGCCCUGGCCGACAAUGCCACCCAUGCGGCAAUCGGGGCGCUCACGGGCAUCGCCUUCGCCAUGCAGUUCUAUGAGCGGACCUCGCAGCUCUUCGGCUGGGUAUUGAUUUUCACCUGCUUCGUUGUGUCAUCGUUUAUCGACCUGGAUCACUUUGUGGAGGCGCGUUCCCUCUACCUGGAGGAUGCCACCAACCUGUCGAAGAGGCCCUUCCUCCACUGCUCCAGCAUCAUCGUGGUGCUGCUGCUGUUCUACGUGUGCACCGCCUGUCUGAACUACUUCCGGACCAGCCUGAUGCUCGGAUCGCUGCUCUGUGCCUUCAUAACUCACCACACGCGGGACGCCGUGCGGCGGGGCUACUGGCUGUGCCCCCUGGGCCACACGGACCGGGUGCCCCAGCUGGCUUACAUCCUGACCACCAUCCUGACGCCCCAUCUGCUGGGCUGCCUGCACGGCGUGUGCCGCAGUGCCACCGUGCUCAACUUCCUGGGCCAGUACAUCAAGCUGAGCGAGGGCCAGUACCGCGGCAGCUCCACUGCCAACUAUCGCUACAUGCAGGUCUAGAACCGCCUGUGGGCGACACUUGUGAUAACACUGCAACAUCAUCAAAUGGUAACUGCAACAUGCUUUCUGCUUCAAGCGCUUUACGAUUUACGAUUAGAGAUCAGCUAGAAACCAAAUACUUCCACACUACAGGACACAAUUUUACACUCUAGUCUCUAGUCGAGGUACCUCUUUUGGGGAACUAUGCUUCCCCGCUCCAACUAAUUUCCUUGUUAAGUAGGGUAGGUUUUUACUAGCAUCUAAUACGAGUAUAGUACAGAUAAUAUCCGGAUUUGUGAUAUGUAGACCUUAGACAAACUAGAGUAACGAGCAUAGCGCACAACGAUAUACGUAAUCGAUUUUCAACUUCAACUUUGACUCUGUAUUUGUAGGCCGUACGAAUUUUAAGCUAAUCGAACAAUAAAAUCAAUGUAAUUGCCUUAUAAAACAAA